AUGACCGGUAGGGCACGAGCAAGAUCAAGGGGCAGAGCACGAGGUCAGGAGGCUUCAGCACCUGGAGCGGUAAGAGCAGCCUCUCGAGAGUCGGCACCAGCAGCUGUCCUUCCUGCAGAAGGGCCGUCAGAGCCCGUCAGCAGAGGGAGGCAGAAAGGCACUCCUGGACCAUUCUCUGCAGAAGCUGUUACACAGAUUUCAGCUGGAUUUCAGCAGGUGAAGCUGGGAGAGAGAGGCGGACGCCGUCGGGAUUUUUACGAUGUGGGGAUUAACACCAGGCAGGCCAUGGAGCACGUUAAGGAAUCAAAGUCUGGAACAACCGGAUCUGCCAUUCAGUUGACAGCCAACUUCUUUCGCAUCCUGUCCCGCCCUCAGUGGGUGCUGUAUCAGUACCAUGUGGACUUCAAACCACCGAUGGAGUCCCGUCGUCUGAGAUCUGCCCUCCUCUUCCAGCAUGAGGAAAUGCUGGGCUCAGCAAGGAGCUUUGAUGGAGCUCUGCUCUUUCUGCCUCUCAGGUUGCACAACAAGGAAACUGUUUUCCUUAGCGAAACCAGGAAUGGGGAGAAGGUUCAGAUAACUGUCACUCUGACAAAUGAACUGCCACCCACAUCACCCGUGUGCAUUCAGUUUUACAACAUCAUAUUCAGAAGGAUUUUGAGAAUUCUCAACAUGCAACAGAUUGGACGCAACUACUACAACCCCAAUGACCCACUGAACAUCCCACGGCACAGGCUGACCAUCUGGCCGGGCUACACCACCACCAUCCUGCAGUACGAGUCAUCGAUCAUGCUGUGCACUGACGUGAGCCACAAAGUGCUGCGCAGUGAGACGGUCCUUGACUUUAUGGUCAACCUGAGGCAGCGGUGUGGAAGUCAGCGCUUCCCUGAGAUCUGCACUAAGGAGCUUGUUGGACUCAUAGUUCUCACUAAGUACAACAACAAAACUUACAGGAUUGAUGACAUUGCAUGGGAUCACACACCCAACAACACUUUCAAGAGGGGAGACCAAGACAUUUCCUUCAAGAAUUACUUCAAGACUCAAUAUGGCCUGGACAUCACUGAUGGGAACCAGGUGCUGUUAGUCAGCUACGUGAAGAGGAUUGUGCCUGCUGGAGCUCCUCCUCCCGGCCCAGCCAUGCUCAUUCCAGAGCUGUGCUACCUUACAGGGCUGACUGAUAAGAUGCGAGCUGACUUCACCAUCACAAAGGACUUGAUGGACCACACCAGGCUGACCCCAGAUCAGAGAGAGGGACGCCUCAACAGAUUUAUCAACAAUAUACAGAAGAAUGCUGACGCACAGGCAGAGUUGGAUAAGUGGGGGCUCAGCUUUGAUAAGCAACUCCUAAAUCUGACUGGCAGAGUCCUCCCAGCGGAGAGGAUUUUCCAGGGAUCAAGAUCGUAUGAGUACAGCCCCUUGAGACCCGAUUGGUCCAAAGAGAUGCGUAGCUUACCUCUGAUCAGCUCUCCUCCGCUGAACAACUGGCUCAUGUUCUACACCCGUCGCAAUGGCAACGAGGCCCAGUCUCUCCUGAAGGCCCUCGGCCAAGUGGCAGGUCCGCUCAAUAUCCGCUUGCAGCAAGCCGUCUUGAUUGAGUACCAGGAUCAUCAGGAGUCUCUCCUCAGAGCUCUGCAGCACAAUGUUGGACCCCAAACACACAUGGUGGUGGUCGUCCUCCCCAGCAACAGGAAGGACAAGUACGACACCGUCAAGAAGUACCUCUGCGUGGACUGUCCCACUCCCAGCCAGUGUGUGGUGUCGGGUAACCUCAGCCGGCCUCGGAAUCUCAUGAGUGUGGCUACCAAGAUUGCACUGCAGAUGGCUUGCAAGAUGGGAGGAGAGCUCUGGAGCGUGGAAAUCCCUCUCAAGCAGCUGAUGAUUGUGGGCAUUGACUGCUACCAUGACACUACUGCUGGCAAAAGGUCCAUUGGAGCUCUAGUGGCCAGCCUCAACCAGACCAUGAGCAGGUGGUUCUCAAAGUGUGUGCUGCAGCACAAAGGUCAGGAAAUCAUGGACGGACUGAAGAUGGCUUUAAGUGGUGCGCUCAAGGACUAUCUGAAGUUCAACAACUGCCUGCCUUCACGAAUCAUCGUGUACCGAGAUGGAGUUGGAGACGGCCAGCUGCACAGCGUGGUGAACUAUGAGGUUUUGCAGAUCAUGGACGCCAUCAAGUCCAUGGGGGAAGACUACAUGCCCAAGCUGAGUGUGGUGGUGGUGAAGAAGCGCAUCAGCAGCAGGUUCUUCGCCCACGUCGGUGGCAAGGUGUCCAACCCUCCCCCGGGCACCAUCGUUGACUCAGCGGUCACCCGUCCUGAGUGGUAUGACUUCUACAUCGUGAGCCAGGCUGUCCACAAUGGCAGCGUCUCCCCAACACACUACAACGUUGUGUACGACACCAGCGGACUGAAGCCUGAUCAUAUGCAGCGGCUGACCUACAAGCUGUGCCACAUGUACUACAACUGGCAGGGGAUCAUCCGAGUGCCUGCUCCCUGCCAGUACGCCCACAAGUUGGCUUUCCUGGUGGGUCAGAGCAUCCACAGGGAGCCCAGUGUGCAGCUGGACAACCUUCUCUUCUACCUUUAA